UUUUAACAAAUAAAUAUUAGCAUAGCAUUUCUCUACAGAUCAUCCGUGAAAUAUUCAGAAAGUAUCUAGUAAUACGUAUUUAUUUUUCUAAAAAUGAUAGAACUGUAAUAAAUUUUAUAUUAACUGUAUUAAAAUAAGUAAUGUGUUAUGCAUAUAAAUCACUUCCUUCACAGAACACAAAUGAAUCCCAAUACAGUCCACCCACACGUAUUUGUAAAAUCUAAGUGACUCGUACAACAUGGAAUUCAUAUAAAACGGAAUAAUCAACAGUGUUAUAGGGGGUCGACUGUAUUAAUUCAUGAAUAUACUUACGCUUACAUACUUGAACAACAGAAAGCAGCUUGCAGGAUGAAACAAAAUUUGCUACUAAAAUUUUAUGUAUCCAACUCUGGACUAAAACUUGACUCCUUGUUACCUAGAGGACAAAAGUACACAUCAUCUGGCUCCACAAGUGAUUGAUAUAGCUAAUGCCUGCAGUUUGAAUGAUAUGAUAAGAAUUCUAUUCAUUGUCAAGUUUUUUAAAAUUAUGGUGAUAAAGAAGUUAAAUUCAGUAUUCUGUUAUAUACUUUAUAUAAAUAUCACAAAGUUUAGUGUAGAUAAUAAUUUUUAUAUAUAAAAUACUUUCUAUAUAAAUUAUUAUAAUGGAUUACUUUUUACUUUUUAGUCUAUAUGCUGGUAUCUUAACUUGGUUAGGACUAAAGAAAGAGGAGGAGGAAGAGGAUCCAUUAAUUACCAUAAUCAAAAUGGGUAUCUUGUCUCUACAGAAAGAAGAAUAUAAUAAUGCAGAGAGUACAUUACAUUUAGCACUGAAGAUGGCUCAGGAAAGGGCUAAUACAGAAGCUGAAACUUACAUAUAUGAUAUUUUAGCUAAUGUUGCCUUUCAGAAAGAGGACUAUGCAAAAGCUGAAAAGUUAUUCCUUGAAGUAACCAGGAGAAUAUUAACUCAAGGAAAAGCCGAAGAUGAUGAUGCUGUAAUAGAAAUCUCUCUUAAAUUGUCUAAAAUUUAUAGUAAAUUGAAACAAUAUGAUAAGGCAGAGACUGGGUUUAAAUUUUGUAUACACACACAACAAAAGAAAUUAGAUCUCAUGAAAUUGGAUAACACAUUGACAGAAGAACAACAAAAUACAUUAGUGUUAUGGGCCAUGGGUAUAGACUGGUACGCACGACAUCUAAUGGAUAGGGGCUAUUUGCAGGAUGCCCAGAAAUAUUUUGAGAAAGCAUUGGCUGUAUCAGAAAGAAUUAAUGGUGCCUCUCAUCCUCAAACUUUAGUUCUCAUUAACGACAUUGGAAGUGUUGCCAGUCUCAGAAAAGAUUUUGAUUCUGCUGUAGAAAUGUUUAAAACAGCUAUAGAAAGAAGUAAAGAAAAUGAAACACCAGAUUUGUCUUCAUUUUACUGUAAUUUAGGAACCACAUAUAUUCGGAAAGGAGAACCUGUUCUAGCAAGAUCAGCUUGUCAUACAGCAUUGAAAUUAGCAAAGAAAUUCAAGAACAAAUUAGCUUCUGAAGAUGCAAAGGAAUGUCUGCAAGAAUUAGAAAACAUUGUUUGAAGAAGUAUUUAAUAGUCCCUGCUAAAAGAAAAAAAGUAUUAUGAAUUGUGAUUAGUAUUGAAAAUGCACAGGAAGCUUCUAUAAUUUUGUAAAUCAAAAAGAAAUAAAUUUAUUUAUACAUUAAUUUUCAUUAGUAAAAUCCUGUUUUGCUUUUGAAUAUUUUAUUAUAUUGUUAAACUAUAAAACAAAAGCUGUAAACUUUAAACAAAAAUUAUUAUUGGAUGUAAGCUGAAGAAAUAUAUAUAUAUUUUUAAUUGCUAUUACAGUAGUAUUGUAGUUAAUUGUUAUUACAACAGCAUAAAUAUAUUCCUACAUUAGAACAAAUUUUUAAGACCAAAAAACUUGUGCUUUUAUAUAAAAUCUAAUUAUAUUUCAUAUUUUCAAAUAGUAAUUAUCCUUCCAUCUAUAUUCAUAAAAAUAUAUUUUUAAAAUAUCUAGGGAGGGAAGGCAGACAAUACUGAGAUAAAUUGCAAUUUUGUAAAUUUAGCAUUCAAAUUUAAUUCUCUACCAUCUUUUUAUUUAAACUUAGAUCCUUGAAAGACAAAAUAUAAAUUUAUA